CAAUCUUCAAUAUAGAAAUGUCAGUUAUAUUUUUGACAGUUUGAACAAAGGUGUAGGAGCAAAACAAAAUAAAAGUGAAGUGAAAACAGUUUUUUAAAAUUGUAAAGUUAGUCCUUACAGUGGCACUUCGAAUUGUUGUUAAUUAGUUUUGACGACAUAUAAACUAUUGGGUGAUCAUCUGAUACUCAUAGUUUAACAGAAUGGGGGCUGUGUUAGGCUUAUGCUCUGCUGCGCAGCUGGCAUGUUGCUGUGGUAGUGCAGCUUGUUCCCUAUGCUGCUCAGCAUGUCCUUCAUGCAGAAAUUCAACUUCCACCAGAAUCAUGUAUGCUUUAAUGUUGCUAGUGGGAACUAUUGCAGCUUGUAUAACUUUGUCUCCUGGUCUGGAAGGUGUUCUUAAGAAGGUACCGUUUUGUAAAAACAGUUCAUCAAUUCUACCUGAUAAUGUGGUGUUUGACUGUGAUAAGGCUGUAGGAUAUUUGGCUGUCUACAGAAUCUGCUUCAUCUUAACUUGUUUCUUUGCACUUAUGGCUCUCAUGAUGAUUGGGGUGAAGUCUUCUAGAGAUCCAAGAAGUGGCAUACAAAAUGGGUUCUGGGGCAUAAAAUACAUGAUAGUAAUAGGUGGCAUCAUAGGUGCUUUCUUCAUACCAGAAGGUACUUUUGGCAUAACCUGGAUGUACUUUGGUAUGAUAGGAGGAUUUGCUUUCAUCAUGAUACAAUUGAUACUCAUUGUGGACUUUGCUCACUCAUGGGCUGAAGCUUGGGUUGGUAACUAUGAGGAGACAGAGUCAAAGAAAUGGUACUUUGCUCUUAUUGGAGCUACACUGUUGAACUAUGCCAUCAGCAUAACUGGUAUUGUGCUGCUUUUCGUCUUCUUUACAAAGGAAAACGAGUGUGGUUUGAACAAGUUCUUCAUUUCCAUCAAUUUGAUCCUCUGCUUUUUAGUUAGUGGAUUAUCUGUGAUGCCUGCUGUCCAAGAGAAAUUGCCAAGAUCAGGACUUUUGCAGUCAUCAAUGGUUACAUUAUAUGUCACAUAUUUGACAUGGUCUGCAGUUUCAAACUCAUCUAAGGAAUGUAACCCAGGUCUCUGGGGAAUUUUCGGCAAGAAAUCGAAUGGUAACAACAUUGAUAUUAUUGGGUUACUCAUCUGGAUGCUCUGCGUCUUGUAUUCGUCUCUAAGAUCUGCCAGUAAAUCUUCAAAGAUCACUAUGUCCGAAAAGAUGUUGACAACUGACAAUGGCGCUGUAAGAGACUCUUCAGCUGGAUUGGUGGAAAAUGAAGGUAGAGAAGGCGAUGGAGGAGAAUCAGGCGGUGGCAAAGUGUGGGAUAAUGAAGAUGAGUCAGUAGUGUACAGCUGGAGCUUCUUCCACGUUAUGUUCGCAUUGGCUACUCUUUACGUCAUGAUGACGUUGACCAAUUGGUACAAACCAAACUCCAGUCUGGAAACAUUCAACUACAACGCAGCCUCUAUGUGGGUGAAAGAGAUAUCAAGUUGGCUAUGUGUUGCUCUUUACUCCUGGUCGCUGGUCGCACCGCUACUCCUCCCCGACAGGGAGUUCAUGUGAAACCCGGACGGAAUGGUCCUCGUCUAUUUGAUUCUGUUGUUCGUCGGAAAUACUGUUGUUCUCAAUGCUUACAUGUAUUUAGCAUUCGAGGAUGCGUCAGAUUAAAAUACUUCUCUCAGCCACAAUUUUUUCUACGGGAUGCAAAUGUGUGAAUUUGUUUGGUACUCUUAUUAUUACAAGUUAAAUUCUACGCGUUGGAUGGUAAAGUACUUCUAAACGUAUGUUUCAUCAUAUGAUCUACUACUUUUGUUGAGGCCGCACGUUCCUUUUUUUCAUUUUUUUUUCAACUACCUGUUUGCAAUAGUAUUCUAAAUCCUUUUCAUCUGAUUAUUUCAAGAUGUGUAAUAGAGAUGACUAAAAACCAUCGUUUUUGAUUUUGUUUUGUCAUAAAAUGCAUGUUUGUGCAACAAAAGUAAUAACUUGUUUCAUUCUUCUACAUAUAAAAGAAGAAUAUUCGCACACAAUUUCAGAGCUGUACUUAUAUUUGUUAACAAGUUCCGAUUGAAAUGCAUUUUUUGACAAAAAAAUGGUAAAAAAUAGUUUUUUUAGUCAUCUCUAUACCGACCAUGAAAUUAUCAGAUGAAAAGGAUUUAGAAUACUGCUGCAAACAGGUAGUUGAAAAAAUAAUCUAAUAAAGGGACCUACCACCUUAACACUCCCUUUUACCUUAAUAGCAAAAAUACAAUAAAAUAAAAUGUGAAGCUUUAUAAGCCGAGCUCUAUCAAAACUGAUGACAUUAUUAGACAGUUUAAAAGUCGAGUAAUAUCGGCUUAUUAUUAUUAUAUAAUGAGAUUGCUACCGUUUGUGCAAUAGUCGGUUCUUCGCGUAUCCCACCGUAUUCAAAAAACGCCGCGCUGGCAGUGGCGUGCGUUGUGUUUGCUGCUCUCUUGCUUUUCGGUACUAGAGUAUAGCAAUUUUGUUGAGUAGAGAGGUAAGAUAGGUUUUUUCCGGUCCUAUAUAAAACUUGACAUACUAAGGAUGAAUCCGUUAUGUAUUUUUGUAGAAAGGGAUUUGGAAAAACAUAGACUGAUAGGUCUAUGGUAUGUUCAUGAACCGAUUUUCUGAAAGCGAACUAUGACUGAUGAGUGAGGUCAUUUUCCAAAAUUAAGUCUCGCUUCCAUCCAUUAAAUCGAAUUUAUUUCGUCUUAUGACGUGCUGGAAAUAUUUCUGAAUAUGAAUUUAAUCACGCCUUGGCAGGACAAUUUAAACAAUUUGUUAGGAUGCUGUAAUAAAAUCGUAAGAGUUACAAUAGAAUUUCACAUAGUUCCGUCCUAUUAUAACUUACAAAUUCUCAACCCCAUGUAAUCUUUUGCUUCCCUGAUCCCACAGCAAGUAUAAUAUUCAUUUAUUAGUAUCUAUGGGUACCUACGCAUUUUCUUGUGAUUCCCUUAACAUGAUAUAGUAUGUAUCUUUUAUUAUUGUAUGUAAAUAUACACUCAAUAUUUUGAAUUUAAGAUUUAUUUUUAGGUAGGACAUGCUUUUACAGAUUAAUGUUAUCUCGUCAUAUGUCUAGUUUUUUCAUGUUCCUUGAGUAAAUAAUAAAAUUUUGAAAAACUA